UGGGUGGAGAGCUCGACUUGUUCGUUUUUCACAAUUCCUCGCAAAGAUGAAAUAAUGGCGUGGACCAAAAGCCCAACUUGCUCACUGAAGAUGAUCACACAGGAAUUAAUUUUCAUUUUUCUUCUUAAAUUUGAAGGCAUUCGCGGGCAGUUUGCGUACGUUUUUGCCAGGGCCGGGGACGUGGCCGUUCUGCCUUGUAAGCUGCCCUCCUGCUACGGCUCUUUCUGGUUGUACAGUCCGGACCGGAGACCCUUGGUGUCUGAGGUGGAGCACGGCCGGGUGCUGAGCAGCUCGCCCAGAAGUCAGCGGCUCAGCCUGAAAGACGACUGCUCACUGCGGAUUAACCUGGUCGAGGCAGGGGAUGCCGGUUUCUUUACAUGCGGACAAAACGGACAACCAGGGCUCACCGUUUUCCUGACGGUGAUGACAUUGACGUCAUUUCCUCCGGAUUCAGAUCCAAAAGGAGCCGGUCCCGUGGUCCUGAAGUGCUCCUUGGCCUGCUACCCGAGUAGCAAGUGCACUUGCAAGCCCAGGAGGCUCCGUUGGAUGGACGACGAAGGCCAGGAGCGUUCGCCAGCACGCACCCAACAGAACAACUGCGUGUCCUUCAUCAAAGUACUUCCCGGUGGCCGUACGAGGAAUUACACGUGCCAGUAUGUGGAAAAAGAUGGUGUGAAGGUCCAGGCCCAUUACACGGCUGUUUUCAAAGGGGUCAGCACAGGCGGUCCUGCAGGCCCGCCGGCCGGUCGCACCCGUCUCAUCAACAUCAUCCGGGUGGCCGUCGCCGUCUCGUUGGCGAUCGUCUUCGUCUCGGCCGUUGUCUUCGCCAAGAUGAAAUCAAAAAGAAACGCAGCCCAGGCUACGACUCAUUCUUGA